AUGGAGGCUCCUUCUCUCUCCAGCUGCGGGGCGCUCCCCACUAACGGGGAGGGCGCCCCACACAGGCUGCCAGCUGAAGGGAGCACAAAGGCUCCCAGACCCGCAGCCUGCUUACAGGCCGGUCCACACCCAGGGAGCCGCAGAGCUCGGCCUUCCCCAAGGCAACAGGAACCUGACUUUAGAGUCAGGCAGUCCAGCUCACGGCCUAAAGCCGAGGGGCCGCCAGCCCAGCCCCGAGGACAGGGAGGGCACACGCCCGGCCCCGUGACUCCUGGCCCCACGCCUCUGAAAGGCCGGGGCCAGGCACACCCGCCUGAUUACAGGGGGUCCCUCCAACCGCCCGCCGAGGCCAGGGGACGCACAGAACCCCACUUACGGGGCCGCCCCCCGCUGCCCGGCACCCCCCAGCAAGCAUACGGAGCACAGGCUCCGGCCUGCGCCCCACUUAGGGACAGGCCGGAGCCCGGCCGCAGCGCAGCACGGCAACACGGCCGUCUGCAGAGCCCCGGGAGCCUCCUGCAGCCAAAGGAGCACAAGGGCAAAAGGCCCAACCGCAGCAAAGACCAGCCCUGCACACAGGGAGGUCGCCCAGCGCCAAUACAGCCGCGGCACCCUCAAAGUGCCCUGGCCUGGAAAAGCCCUUUGCCCAGAGGGCCCCUCGCGUCCCUCUUCGGCUCCUGCCGCUCGCUCUUGCCUCGCCGUUCUGCUCUUGAAGACGCUGUCGCUCUUGCCUCGUCGUCCCACGGCUUCUGCCAAUCCCCACAGCCAGAUCCUCGUGCCACCACCCACGCAGCCCCCCAGCCGCCCAAAAGCCUCCAACUUCAGCUGGACUCACCGUCGCGACGUCCGGCGCAGUCCCCCGCCGUGCUGGGAGCCGGGCCCUCUGGGCAAAUGAAGCUGGGCACGCGAGGCAGCGGCCAAGAGGCUGCACCCCUGCUUACAGAGGGCUCAAGCCGCUGCCUGGACUAA